CCUCUCGCCUCGCUCGAAGGCUCUCUGGCGGCCGACCGAUGACCAUAGUAACGAAACUAACUGGGAAAAGCUCGGUUCAGUGGGAAGCACCUAACUACUACAAACCAAACCGUUUACCAUAGUGUAAAAUGAAAUGACUCAGCUACGUUUUCACUUUAUUUCAUCACGUAAGUACGGACUGUAGUAAGUUAGCACACUACAUUUAGUGCACCACAAAGUUUUGCCUCCGCCCUCUGACAAUACAAGUGCUGAGCUGUGCUGUGUCACAUCCCUGCGCUGCCAGACGAGGAGACGAGACCAGAGUCAGGGCUAUGGAGGGCGGUCAGUCCCAGGGACAACAUGACGCUGCCUUCACCUGGUUCACAGAACAGCAGCGUCAGGCUGUUAUCAGGAAUGGAAUAAUCCCAGAAUGGUUCCACGGUAUAAUUUCCAGGAAGACUGCAGAGGAGCUAUUGCUGUCUAAGCCUCGAGGCUACUUCCUCAUCCGAGUCAGUGAGAGCAGGAUUGGCUACACACUGUCAUAUCGUGCUGAGGACCGUUGCAGACAUUUCAUGAUUGAUGUGCUGAAGGACGGCCAUUACGUCAUUGUAGGUGAAAAUACACAACAUUGGAGUCUGCAGGACCUGGUGGACUUUCACCGCAGGACUCCUAUUUUGCCUUUUAAGGAGGUGCUGACUGUCCCUUGUGGACAGCUAUCAAAGGACAGGACUGAUUAUGCAGAGCUGCUGUUUUCCCAAAGGCCUCUACCAAAACCAAACGUCAGUCCAGCACUGAACAGCUCCACACAACCCAACACCAAGAGUCACCUGAAACCAGAGGAAGACAUACCCCCUGCCCUGCCUCACCGACCAACCACUCUGAGUGGCCCUGGCGUCCUGUCUCCAAAUGUUACCAAGACGCCUACUGCCCCUAGCAGCCAGCCAAACACACUUUAUCCUUGUCUGCAAGAUGAAUUGUCACACUUCACCGCUCAAAUUCCAGCCACGCCUGUACCGAUGCCCAGGAAGAAAUAUUCUGCCAACUUGGCCCAACAAGAGCAGUUUCCCGAACUCCCAACGAGGAGCUCUGCGCCAGCACAGAAACUGAACCAGGCUUGCACCAGAGCUAAUGCUCCACCUGAGAUUCCCUCAUCAUCCAGAACCACAGAGAGACUAGUCACACAGCCAACAAGACAGGAGGAGGACCACCCCCACAACGCCAACAGCCAGUCGGUGGUCACCAACCUAAAGAACCUCAAGAAGAAGUUCCAGAGAAGGAGAAGCUCAUCAGAGGUGCAUACGUACGCUGAGAUCAGCGUCGAGGCCGAGGAGAGGCUGAGAGGGAGGCAAGGCAGCCUGGAGGCAAGAGACACAAAUGAAAAUACUGAGAAUGAGUACCAGGAGCUUCCAGGGGAGCACGACAUCAAUGGUGUACCAUUUUCCAGCACCAGUACUGCUAUGAAACAGGCCUUACCGCAGGAGUACCUGCCACCUCCACCUUUUGCCCCCGGCUACUGAUGCAAAAUAAUGGAUGUUGUGGCCCAUGAGUGGAUUGAUGGAUCAGCUGAUGGCAGCUGAAACUAUAUUAUAUAACUGAAUCAAGGGUACUGAUGUUUGAAUGGCAAUUUGUAUGAAUCAAGGUAACUCUACUAUGCCCAUACAAAGACAACAGCACUGAAGCAUGAAGGAACUAGUUUCAGUUCUGCUCUCAUGCCUCAUGAAUGUGGUUUAUAGGGCCAAGAUUGUUAAAUCAAUCUGAUUACAUAGAGGCAAGCUGAAACACAACACUACGAAACAUCCCAUGACAUUCACCUAUUUUGAUUUUUUCAACCCUCGAAAAAAAAAAAAAAAGAUUGACUUUGUGCCUAAAAUUCUAACAAUUAAAUUAUGCGCUUACAUGUGGCAGUAAUGUCUAGUGUUAUUGUCUUCUAUCUCAAACAACACUGUGGUAUCAGUUGACAUCUCAAACAAUAUUUGUGACUCUGAUCCUUUUAACUAUGUGUGUUUUUAAAAGUCAAAUGCCACAACCAUGAUGUAGCUGACAUAUCAACAAAAACCUAUGCUGGUGCAGGGGAUAAACUUAAAUGUAACUUUGUAAUAUGACUUUGCAGGGAAGCAUGGAAGAGUAUGAAUGUAUAAAAAGAGAUGAAACUGUUGAUGCUCGAGUGGGAUCAUAUUUGACUCGGACACAAGGCAACGCUCAUGAAAAUACUUUGCUUCAGUGAUGUACAAGUACAAACUGGCACAGUGGGAAAUUUGUGUAUGUAAAUCAUACAUUUAUGACGUGCACUGCUUUGCCUAUCAACAAUGCAAUAGGGAAGUUCAGAGAGAGAGUGUGUGUACAGAUACUUGUGUCAAAUUUGCCAUCGGUGAGCAUUCAGCUGUAAUUUCUUAAACAUGUACUUUUUAGGGUAAAUGUCUUUUCUUUUUUAUCCUAACAGCUUUAUUGUACUUUUGUCAAACACUCAUUUAUAUCUAAGCCUGAUAUGACGAAGCAUCCUUAAGGCCAUUUGAUUACAAUAUUCCAUUUUUAUGUGUAUGUCAGUGUAGAUACAGAAUAUGUGUGUGAACUAUCACAAUUUGUAAUAAUGAUGUGUGCUAAUAAAGUGUUUUUGCUCAA